UAACCGCUGCUGUCAUGGUUUGUUUGCUAAACUGCAUUGUCGCUGUGUCCCAAAACAUGGGCAUCAGCAAGAAUGGGGACCUGCCCUGGCCUACGCUCAGGAAUGAAUUCAGGUAUUUCCAGAGAAUGACCACACCUUCUUCAGUAGAAGGUAAACAGAAUCUGGUGAUUAUGGGUAGGAAGACCUGGUUCUCCAUUCCUGAGAAGGAUCGACCUUUAAAGGAUAGAAUUAAUUUAGUUCUCAGCAGAGAGCGCAAGGAACCUCCACAAGGAGCUCAUUUUCUUGCCAGAAGUCUAGAUGAUGCCUUAAAACUUACUGAACAACCAGAAUUAGCAAAUAAAGUAGACAUGAUUUGGAUAGUUGGUGGCAGUUCUGUUUAUAAGGAAGCCAUGAAUCACCCAGGCGAUCUUAAACUAUUUGUGACAAGGAUCAUGCAGGACUUUGAAAGUGACACGUUUUUUCAAAUUGAUUUGGAGAAAUAUAAACUUCUGCCAGAAUACCCAGGUGUUCUCUCUGAUGUCCAGGAGGAGAAAGGCAUUAAGUACAAAUUUGAAGUAUAUGAGAAGAGUGAUUAAUAUGAAGGUGUUUUCUGGUUUAAGUUGUUCCCCCUCCCUCUGAAAAGAGUAUGCAUUUUUACAUUAGAAAAGAGACUUGUUGACUUCAGAUCUAUGGAUAAUUAUUUCUAAGCAACGUGUUUAUUCCCCACUAAUCUUGACUAUAUCAGAUACCAUUUAUGAAACAUUCUUGCUAUAACUAAGUGUCUCUCCAAGACCCUGACUGAGUCCCCAGCACCUGCUACAGUGAGCUGCCAUUCCACACCCAUCACAUGUGGCACUUGCCAGUCCUUGAUAUUGUUGGACUUUUCUAAUGUUGGUAGUAUUUAUUAAAGAUGAAGAUGCACAUACCCUUCAACUGAGCAGUUUCACUGGUGGGAAAUACCGAAAGCUUCCUACGUGUAUAUCCAGAGGUUUGUAGACAAAUGUUGCAGCCUUGUUUGUAACAGUGAAAAACCGAAAACAACCUGAAGUCCAGUGAUGGGAAAAUGAAUAUAUUUCUGUCUUAAAUUGGGGAACCCAAAGCAGAUUCAAAGACUGAAAUUUCAGUGAAAGCAGUUUAUUUGCUAGGUCAUACCAGAAGUCAUCAAAGUAUGGAGAAAUGGAACUGGGAAGGUAAAAACCAGUUCAAAGUCAGUGAGGUUCUCAUUGGUAACAAGCUCCAUACUGCUGAGAUGCAGGGAAACAGAGGGGAGAAAGCUGGAGUAUUUAAUCCCCCGCUCCUUGGUUGUCAGCUCCCUGUCCUGUGUGUUGGCAAAACGUACUCAAGCUACUCUAUAGGUAGAGUCCCAGGUGUUUGCUGUAAGAAGCUGCUGGAAUGUACGGCAACAGUGAAUGCCAAGCACUUAAAGCAAUUCCAUGUUUAAGUAUGUAAGCUCUUCGUACUUUUUUU